AUGACCCUCAACCCCUCUCUUCGCACUGUUGACCAGUUCACGCAGCUCGUCUUUGACUUUAUCGUCAUAGGCGGCGGCACAGCUGGACUAGCGGUGGCAGCGCGUCUCGCUGAAUCCGACCCCUCGUACACAGUCGGCGUCAUCGAAGCAGGCGGUCUUGUCGAAAAUGAUCCUGAUGUUGACAUCCCGGGCCACUAUGGUAGGAAUCUUGGAGGACGGUCUCGGGGGAGGAGCCUUCCGUGGCCGAGGGGGAAGUGUGUCGGUGGCACAAGCGCCUUGAACUACAUGGCGUGGAACCGCGCUAGCAGGGAUGAUUAUGAUGCUUGGGAAGCUUUGGGGAAUCAAGGUUGGAGCUGGGAUUCUCUGCUGCCUUUCUUCAAACGUUCCGAGACAUUUCAUCCUCCUAGCGAGGAACUUCAGCGAGAGUUUGAGAUUUCUCACGACGCGGAUACGUUUGGUGACUCAGGCCCCAUUCACAUAUCAUACCCAACUUCGUAUUCACCAUCGCACGCGUUAUGGCACAAGACGCUUAAUGCGCUCGGUGUACAGACUAACCCCUCUCACGUUGGGGGCUCAAACGUCGGCGUUUGGACAUGCGUGAACGCCGUUGAGCCGAGCGCCGCGCGAAGAUCCUACUCGAUCGAUUACGCCACUGGAUCGCGUAACCUGCACAUUCUCACCAACGCCACGGUGAACGAGAUUCUCAUUAGCGAGAGCCUUGUAGCCACUGGUGUGCGAUUCACGCAUCGUGGCGUUGAGUAUGAUGUUUCAGCUAGACGCGAGGUUAUCCUCUCAGCGGGGAGUGUUAAGUCGCCGCAGAUCCUGGAACUUUCGGGGAUAGGAAGUCCCGAGGUUUUGGAGAGGGCUGGUGUGAGCGUCAGGGUUGAUAGUCCGCAGGUGGGGGAGAAUCUGCAGGAGCAUAUUAUGCUUGCGACGAUCUUUGAGGUUGAUCCAUCGCUCGCUAAUCGUGACGAUCUUGUGAGAGAUGAGAAGCUUGCUGCUGCUGCGAAAGAGGAGUAUACUACAAAAGCAGAUGGUCCUUUGACGGUGCUUCCUGUAUCUCUUUGCUACGUCCCCUUUGCGCAUUUUGUUCCAAAGGAUACUCUUACUGGUCUUUAUGAAGAUGCAGACAAGGUUUCCGUGUUUGACUCGGACAAGCAAGAUAUUCUUCGUGAACGAUUGGAUGGAAACUCCAAACUGGGUCAGAUUGAGUAUAUCUUUGAUCUUGGGAAUUGGAACCCCAACUUCAAAGGUGAAGAGGGUAAGAAGUAUGGCACUAUGCUGCAGAUCUUGCAGUAUCCCUUCAGUGUCGGAUCAAUUCACAUUCGGCCAAGCGAGCACGCUACAGCUGAGGAUUCACCCGCCAUCGACCCGAAAUACUACGAAGGAUCCCAUGGAAACCUCGACAUGGAGGCUAUGAAGCAAUGUCUUCAAUUCGUCGAUAAAAUCGUACACACAGCUCCUCUCUCAAACAUAAUCCGCUCCUCAGCAUCCCCUUCCGCCGCCGUCAUCAAAGACGACAAACGUCUUGGGGAAUGGAUUACUCAAAACACUAUUACUGACUGGCACCCUGUCGGAACUUGUGCAAUGGGCGGUCGUGCUGGCAUCGAAGGUGGAGUCGUUGAUGAAAGACUUCGAGUUUAUGGUGUUCAUGGUUUGAGGGUUGUUGACGCGAGUGUUAUGCCGCUACAGAUCAGUGCGCAUAUCCAAGCUACUGUUUAUGCUAUUGCUGAGAAGGCGGCGCAUAUGAUUGUUGAGGAUGCGAGGAGUGCGGAUAGGGAGGGGAGAGCGUUGGUGACGAAGCAGGCUAGACUUUAG